AGAAAGCCAAAAACCAAAAAAGAAAAAAAAGUUCAGCUUUUGACUCAAACAAAUCGAUCCAACCAUGGAGUUAUCAGCACUAAAACAUCCAAUUCACAAACAUCUUUUGUACCCUUCAACUCAAUUUCUCUUUGCUGAUUGCGAAGGUUGUCGUGUAGGAGGUUUCAUCUACGGAGGCUAUCGUUGCAAUGAAUCUAAAUGUUACAACGAUUCUGUUUGGUUCCAUAAGGAGUGUGUCGAGUCACCAUUGGAAAUCAACCAUCCUUGUCAUCCUGAACAUCCUCUUUUUUUCACCGAGCAGAUAGGUUGGAAAACGUGUCAUCUGUGCGGAGUUGAAUACAUCAGAGGUGGUUAUUGCUGUGCGAUAUGCGGUUUUGUCAUAGAUAUGGCUUGUUCACUAAAACCACUGCCUCCUCCAGUUAUUGAGCAUCCAAUGUUUCAUGAGCAUUCACUUGUCCGCACAAAGAAAACAGUGUACGCGUAUCCUCUUUGUAAAAUAUGCAAUAAUGGUAUUAAUGAAGAACAUGCCUAUGAAUGCCUUACUUGCAGAGAUGUUAAUUUUCACUUGGACUGCGUCAAUCAGUCAAGAGAGGUAGACCAUUCGUCUCAUUCAAGUCACGUUCUUGAGUUCUUCACAUCUGAAUCACUUUUAGAAAACGCUGAGAAGACGUGUAUUUUGUGUGGAAAAGAAUCAAAACAUGUGCUUUAUCAUUGUUCUAAAUGCAACUUCAGCAUAUGUUUUUACUGCAAGAGGAAUCCUCCACCACUCACUGUUGAACAUACCAAGACCCACAAGCAUAAGCUCUCCCUCUUGGCAAGACGAGUCUCGUUUACUUGUAAUGUUUGUGGGUUGCAAGGAGAUCGAAGUCCUUAUGCAUGUAUUGAGUGCAGUUUCUUAGUUCAUCGAGAAUGCAUUGACUUGCCUCGCGUCAUAAACAUCAACCGUCAUGAUCACCGCAUCUCUCUCACUGAUCAUAUUGGGCGUGGGAAUCUGAAGUGUGGAGUCUGUCACAAAAGUGUUGAUCAGUACUGCGGAGGUUAUACUUGCUCCAUUUGCCCUGAUUUUGUUGUUCAUUCGUCAUGCCCAAUAAAACACAAUGUGUGGGAUGGAAUAGAACUCGAAGGGAUCCCUGAAGAAGAAGUUAUUCCUCCUUUCGAGGUGGUGGGUGAUAACUUGAUAAAGCAUUUCAGCCAUGAUCAUCAUAUUCUUAGACUAGAGAGUACUGAUGGUACUACAACUCGUGAUGAAAAAACAAGAUGUGAAGCAUGCGUCUCUCAUGUCUAUUCUGAUCCGGUCUACAGCUGUGAGCAAUGUGAUUUCAUCCUCCACGAGACAUGCGCGAAUCUUCCAAUGAAAAAACGACUUCCGUUUUGCAACAUACAAUUCAAACUAUCUGCUCCUGACAUGGAUUCAUACAAAGCCUUUGAGUGUGAUGCAUGUAAAACAAUAUUUAGCGGUUUCAGGUACGUGGCAGGUGGAAUCAAUAUUGAUGUACGUUGCGGUACGUUUUCAGAACUGGAAUCCUAUGAUUUCCAUGACCACCCUAUAUAUUAUACUCAUAAGAAUAAUUAUCUGAGGUGUCGAGCAUGCCAAAGACAUUUGCCACUAGAUAUGCUCACUUGUUAUGACUGUGACUUUGAGUUGGAUUUCCGAUGCUUUAAUUUGCCAAGGGUGGUGAAGUAUAAAGAUGAUGUGCCUCCUCUUUCCUUAUGUUAUGGCGAAGAGGAUCCUAGUGGUAAAUACUGGUGUGAUAUUUGUGAGGGUGAAACAAAUCCGAAAUACUGGUUCUACACUUGCUCUCACUCUGGGGUCACACUGCAUGUCCAGUGUGUUCUUGGAGAUUUCUCUUUUCUCAUGCCAAGACGCAUAAUGCAAUACUUUGGGGAUUGGAAAAUUGAAGUGGUUCCUAACAACCACUGUUCUCGCCCGUUCUGUGCUUGUUGUCAAUAUCGAUGUAUAGGCCCUUUCUUUCUGAAGAUUUCUAAUCCGGAAAUCAUUUACAUUUGUUCUAGAAAGUGUUUUAGACGUCAGCUAUCCUUGUUGAUCCAUGUUCCCAGUGGCAAGAUCCUUCACGUGUGAGAAAGCAAAAUCCACGUUAUGAACACUACGUCUUCUCUUUCUAUGUUAUGGACUUGUGGUAUUCUCAUUUUAGUCUCAUAUUAUUUUCAAAUAAUUAAGUGGUGCUCUGCUUCCUGUUCCUGGUUUGUAGGACAGAGUAACGCACGUUCUAUCUCCAUUAUGCCUUUUCAGUCCAUGUUUCAGUUGGUUUGUGUAUGAACUAUCAUAUUUGCUAUUAUAGUUAUUAUAAACACUAGAA